AUGAGUUAUAGAACAGUUGUAAAAAAAUAUUACUGCCCUUUCUUAGGAUCUUCGGCCCAAAUACUUUUGGUAAUAUUGGUGAUAUUUAUAUUGUUAUCGCAAUCCUUGGUGGAUUCGAAUUCCUUCGAGAUGCUCAGCAGAGAUAAUGGUCAUGGAGGGCUGAACUUAAGUAACGGAAGACGGUCUCAAAAAAAUGCAAAUUCCAGGAAUCGGGCCGUUAACAACGAAGGAAAAUGCUUAUACGAUGAGGAGACUUAUGAUAUAGGAACUGGAUUUAAGAUAAAUUGCAAUCUCUGUAUAUGUCAAGAUAAAGAGUUUAAAUGCAAAUCAAGGGUUUGCUUGAUCCGGCCAGAAAUCAUUAAAGAGAUCAAUAAUUCUAAUAAAGGGUGGAAAGCUUCAAAUUAUUCUGAUUUCUGGGGUUUGACGCUGGCCGAAGGCAAGAAAUACAAACUAGGAACUCUUCAUAUAUCAAGCAGUCUCCUAAGAACGCAUAACGUGGGAUUAACUCUUGGAGAAAAUGAAAUACUAGAGGAAAGUUUCGAUAGCCGAAAAAAAUGGGGCCCUUACAUUAAUCCUAUUCGCAAUCAGUUAAAUUGCAGUUCAUCUUGGGCUAUAUCAGCAGCUGAUGUGGCUGGUGAUAGGUCAGGAAUAAUAGGUUUGCGAAAAGGGUUAACAACGCUUUCCCCUCAAUAUCUAAUAUCCUGUAACAAAGGUAGGGGGAAACAAAAGGGUUGUCAAGGUGGUCAUAUUGAUAUAGGUAAAGAUACCGAAUGCCGCAAUAAAAAAUCACCAUCUAUCUCCGAAAACGUUGAUUGCUUGAAGAAUCAGAGCCACUUUCUAAAAUUCACACCACCUUACAAAGUUUCAAAAAAUGAAAGAAGUAUCCGGAUCGAAAUCUUACUCAACGGGCCAGUCCAGGCUACGAUGGUUGUCCGACAAGAUCUAUUCGUUUACAAAAGCGGAAUUUACACGUGCCCAAAGGUAGAGGAAAUGGCGAAAAAUAGUGAAUCAUCAGCCAAAAACGCUCCAAAUUCGAACUAUCAUUCCGUCAGAAUUUUAGGCUGGGGACAAUUGGAUACAUCACCAUAUACAAAAUAUUGGAUUGUCGCCAAUUCCUGGGGCCAACAAUGGGGUGAAAGUGGAACUUUUAGGAUAGUUAGAGGACACAACGAAUGCGAAAUAGAAAACUGUAUCAUUGGUAUCUGGCCUUCAAAAAAUAAUAUUUGA